CCGUCUUCUUCACUUUCGCCUUCCUCAGCUUCCGUCGCCGUUCGCCAGAAACCUCAGCAGCACACUCGCCGGCGGCGGUAGGGUUUUUCACAGAUCCGGUGACGAAGACCCCCCGCUGUCGUUAGCUCCCGCAUUUUGAUUCGAUUCCCAGCGAAGAGUGGAAUCGCGUCCAGGAAUGGCGCUGCUGAGGAGCGUGGCGAGGACUCCUCUCGGAAAUGCACUGUGCAAGCGGCUUCUGAGCAGCGCGGCGGUCGGGAGAGGGUUCAGCAGCGGUGUCGGCGCCACGGAGCAGAUGAGUUUGAUCAGGGAGUUGAGGGAGAGGACGAGCGCUCCGAUAAAGGAAGUGAAGUCUGCUCUGGUCGACUGCCAGUGGGACAUCGAGGCCGCUCAGAAGGAGCUCAGGAAGAGGGGGCAGGUGGUGGCGUCGAAGAAGUCUUCGCGGACCGCGGCGGAGGGCUUGCUGGCUCUCGCGCAGAGCGAGGGCAAGGCCGCCGUCAUCGAGCUCAACUGCGAGACCGACUUCGUCGCUAGAAACGAGAUCUUCCAGCAUUUGGCGUUAGCUUUGGCGAAGCAAGCUUUGCUGGUGGAAAAUCCUUCUAACCAAGUUUCCGGGAUCUAUCACAUGGGACCUGAGCACUUGGAGGGCUUGAAGUUAAACCUCGAGCAUCCAAAAAUCAGUGGAGAAACAACUGUUCAGAAUGCAAUUACAGAAGUGGCUGCAAUGAUGGGAGAGAAUGUAAAAUUUAGAAGAGGUUAUGCCAUGUGUGCUUCUUCACACGGUGUUCUUUCCACAUAUCUUCACACUAGUCCCCAACCAGGUUUAGGCCGUAUUGCUGGAAUCCUGUCUCUUGAAGUUGAAGACGAGAAUUCACAACUUGAUGCACUGCAACGAGUUGGUUCAGAAUUGGCGAUGCAUAUUGUGGCUGCCAAGCCUUUGUUUCUGACUAAGGAGCUUGUCACGCCCGAUGCAUUAGAAGGUGAACGGGAAAUCCUGAAGUCUCAGGCAGAAACUUCGGGGAAACCUCAGAUGGCCAUAGACAGGAUGGUUGAAGGUCGUCUACGCAAAUACAUGGAGGAAGUGGUACUUAUGGAGCAAAAGUUUGUUGUGAAUGAUAGUAUUAAUGUGAAGACUUUGAUAAGCAAUCUAUCGAAGGAAGUGGGAUCCUCUGUGAAGAUUGGAAACUUUUUCAGAAUGGAAGUUGGAGAAGGAAUUCAGAGGAAUGAAACAUCGAGUGCACCUGAACCUGUGGCUCAAGCUGUGUAAUAUGAGGGUAUGCUCUCAACAGAAUCUGAUGGAUGCAAUACGUCACUGCAAAUUGAAGAUCCUCAAUUAAUUUCUUUCUGUGCGACAGGCUUAAUUAUUUGAGAGGCACAGCUUCACUGAAAAUGUUGUGUUGCGAGCUUUCCUUAAUUUUCAUUUAAUACCGUGAGAUUUGUUAGAAAUGGAGAGUGAUAAUGAAGCGGCGUAGUAGAUUCAUAGUUGCUCUAGGUCCAUUUGGCUCUCUCAAGUGAUUAAACAUCUGACUCCUGGAACUUUUCAUGUAGUAGUAGGGGCGGCAUCUCCGACUUCUGUCAAGGUUGGUGAAGAUUAACAAGUUGGGUCACUCUGAUAUUGCCAAUUUGCUUGUUUAGUGUGGAUAACAGUUUAAAGUUGAUGCAGGAUAAGAUCGUGAAUAAGAUUCGGUUUAUGUCUUGAGUU